AUGGGCUCCAUCACAGACAACGAAUGCGAGUUUGAUUUCAUCGUAUGCGGAGGCGGCACGAGUGGAUGUGUUGUCGCUGGCCGACUUGCUGAAAAUCAGAAUGUUCGAGUUCUGGUGAUUGAGGCAGGACAGCAUAAUGAGAAUCUUGAGAAUACGCAGAUGGCAGGAGGAUGGUCACAGCUGUUUGAUAAAGAGACUGACUGGAACAUUACUUCAGAGAAAGGAGACGGUAUCCAGGGCCGGGAGAUCAAGCUGAGCAGAGGUAAAUAUCUUGGGGGAUGCUCUGGAUGUAACGGCACCCUCUGCAUUCGUGGCUCAAAGCAGGAUUUUGACGAUUGGGGACUCAAGGGCUGGAGUGGCGAGGAGUUCUUCAAAUACAUGCGCAAGGCUGAGACUUUCCACUCCAAACCAUGGUUCAGCCAUGACACUGAGUCCCACGGAUACGAUGGACCACUACACAGCGAGCCUCAUGACUUGGCGCCCAUAUCGGACCUGGUUUUGGAAUCCAUGGUUUCAAAGGGAAUGCCCUUGGAUCCUGAUAUGUUUUCUCACGGGAUGAACCCCCAUGGUUGUGGCCACGUUCCACGGACUGUUCAUCAGGGGAUCCGCACUACAGGUGCGGAUUACAUCACUAACAGCAAACAUCGGGGCAACGUCACAAUCUUGGUUGAAACCCACGUCGAUAAGAUAUUAUUCGAACAGAUUCCAGACGGAAAUCUGCAGGCUAUCGGUGUCAAGGUAAUCAAACCAGACGGUACUUCCGCCGACCUUCGAGCCAAAAAGGAAGUCAUCAUCAGUGGAGGAGCUUACUGCAGCCCCAACAUAUUGAAUCGCUCCGGCAUCGGAAAUAAGGAUCAUUUGCAGAGUCUCGGUAUCGAUGUUCUAGUCAAUCUUCCUGCUGUUGGUCAAAACCUAAUAGACCAUCUGAUUGUCUUCAUGUUCUAUGAGACAGAGAAAGCGGGGUUAACCAACGACCACCUGGCUUAUCACGACAACGCGAUCGCGUCCUCCUACCAGCAAUGGAAGGACACAAAGACCGGCUUCUUGUCAACUUUUCCCUUUGGAGUUUUCGGUUACGCUCGGCUAGACGAGCGCCUUUCCGAUUCAACCUUGUGGAACACGGCGCCUCGCCAGCCUGGCCGAGACCCUAUGGGCCUAACUUCUCAGCAGCCGAAUGUGGAAUUCUGGAAUACCGAAUGCUAUGGAGGCCCCAAACAGUUUGACAAAUUUCCCAUUGAUCACAAGCACGCCUUCAGCAUGAUCGCGGAGCUGUUCUCUCCCCGCUCAAGAGGCACAGUGGCAUUGAGGAGCUCAAACCCGCUUGACGGGCCGAAGGUCGACUGUGGAUACCUCACGGAUCCGCUAGAUGUGGAAGUACUAGCAGAGGCAUGUCGUUUUGGUAACGAGAUUGUCAUGGAAGGAAGUGGAACCAAGAACAUUGUGAAGGGUUCCUGGCCGUCGGACCUGACUCAUCAUAAGUACACCUCGAGAGAAGAAUGGAUCCCAUACGUUCGGGAGAAUGCCACAACGUGUUAUCACGCUGCUGGAACCUGCGCAAUGGGGAAGUCUGACAACCCAGCUGCUGUCGUGGAUGAAACACUUGUUGUCAAAGGGGUCAAAAAUUUGAGGGUUGCAGACUGCAGCAUUAUGCCUACGCUUCACGGAGGCCAUACUCAGAUGCCAGCUUACGGCAUUGGUGAGAAAUGCGCGGACAUGCUCAAGGAGCGCUGGAGCCUGUAG